ACUCCGGCGAGCGGGGCAGCGAACGGUGGCGGCCGCUUCUCUAAUCCCUCACUUCCUUCCCCGUCGUGGUUGAAGCCUGGUUCCGGUCACAAAAGACUUGAUCUGGUGUCCGACGGAGGCGGCGGCGGCGGCUCCUCUGCAGUUUGAUUGAGGGGCCAUGGAAAACCCGGCGCCGCCGACCGAUCCUGCCGCCGCCACGGGCGCCACGCCAACGCCGUCGUCGUCGCCGUCGCGGCAGCUGCCGGACUUCCAGCAGUCGGUGCGGCUCAAGUACGUGAAGCUGGGGUACCACUACCUCAUCAGCCACGGCAUGUACCUGCUGCUGACCCCGCUGAUGGUGCUCGUCGCCGUGCACCUCUCCACGCUGUCCCCGCGCGACGUGGCCGACCUGUGGGCACACCUCCGCCUCAACCUCAUCUCUGUGGUGGCCUGCUCCACGCUGCUCGUCUUCCUCGGCACGGUCUACUUCCUGACGCGGCCGCGGCCCGUGUACCUGGUGGACUUCGCCUGCUACAAGCCGGGUCCCGAGCGGCGGUGCACGCGCGACACCUUCAUGCGCUGCUCCAGGCUCACCGGCUGCUUCACGGACGGCAGCCUCGAGUUCCAGCGCAAGAUCCUGGAGCGGUCGGGGCUCGGCGAGGAAACGUACCUUCCCCCCGCCGUCACGCGGGUGCCGCCCAACCCGUCCAUGGACGAGGCGCGCGCGGAGGCGCGGGAGGUGAUGUUCGGCGCCGUGGACGAGCUGCUGGCCAAGACGGGCGUGAAGCCCAAGGACAUCGGGAUCCUGGUGGUGAACUGCAGCCUGUUCAACCCGACGCCGUCGCUGUCGGCCAUGGUGGUGAACCACUACAAGCUGCGUGGGAACGUGGUGAGCUACAACCUCGGCGGGAUGGGGUGCAGCGCCGGGCUGCUGUCGGUGGACCUCGCCAGGGACCUGCUGCAGACGCACCCGGGGUCGUACGCGCUGGUGAUCAGCACGGAGAACAUCACGCUCAACUGGUACUCGGGCAACGACCGCUCCAAGCUGGUGUCCAACUGCCUGUUCCGGAUGGGCGGCGCGGCGGUGCUGCUCUCGAACCGGCGGUCCGACCGGCGGCGGGCCAAGUACGAGCUGGUGCACACGGUGCGCACGCACAAGGGCGCCGACGACCGGUGCUUCGGCUGCGUGACGCAGGAGGAGGACGGCGAGGGCGUCCUGGGCGUGUCGCUGUCGAGGGACCUGAUGGCGGUGGCCGGGGACGCGCUCAAGACCAACAUCACGACGCUGGGACCGCUGGUGCUGCCGCUGUCGGAGCAGCUGCUGUUCAUGGCCACGCUGGUCGCCAAGAAGGUGCUCAAGAUGAAGAAGGUGAAGCCGUACAUCCCGGACUUCAAGCUGGCGUUCGAGCACUUCUGCAUCCACGCCGGCGGGCGCGCCGUGCUGGACGAGCUGGAGAGCAACCUGUCGCUCACGGACUGGCACAUGGAGCCGUCGCGGAUGACGCUGCACCGGUUCGGGAACACCUCCAGCAGCUCGCUCUGGUACGAGCUGGCCUACAGCGAGGCCAAGGGGAGGAUCCGGCGGCGCCACCGGGUGUGGCAGAUCGCGUUCGGGUCAGGGUUCAAGUGCAACAGCGCCGUGUGGAGGGCGCUCCGGUCGGUGAACCCGGCGGAGGAGACCAACCCGUGGAUGGACGAGAUCGACAGGUUCCCCGUGGAUGUCCCCAAGGUCUCCAAGGUUACCAGCGACUGAAGUGUGCACCCCUGAUCGUGGUUAGCGAUAGUGAUUAUUAUUAUUCCUUGGGAGUUUGCAAUUGUUUGGGUAAGGCCUUGUUCGUUUGACAGGGUUUGAGGGUGGGAAUUGUUCCAGCUAAUCUAUAUUAGUAGAAAUAAACCUAUCAAUCCACCUGGAAUAAUUCCAGGGCAUCCAAUCCGGAUGAAACGAACGGGCCCUAAAGGAUCUGGUGGGAAUUUUCUUGAGUUUAUAUCACUACGAAAAGCGAUGAUUGACUUGUCUGAGUUCUGGUUAUUAUACCGUGUUGUUUCUGUAUGGCCCUCGGCCCCUGGCCUAUCCAGCAGUUGACAGUUCUGUGUUC